UUCAAGUUAAUGCCCAGGCAGCCGCUUGUCUGGUUUCAGCUCCCCUGCGGCGUCGUCAACCUUCCUUCCACCCCAGUGACUGCUAGCUAUUGAUAUAACGCCCUGUUCGUCCACUUGUCUUGACAUUUGUAACUUCGUGUCUUUGUUCUUCAAUCUUUCCUUCAGCUACCGUCGACGAGUGCUUUCAUUCACCGAUGUUGAUAUACCCUCCUAUAUAAAGAUCUCUCGUUCCGUUCGCCCCCUUCUUCAACUUACGUAGUUCAUCCCAUCCUAUCAGGAAACAGAGUCGUCUCGGUCAUACCAGUAGGGCAGCCUCGAUUUACGCACCAACCGCCAUACGAUAAAUACCCCAAGUACGACUAGAGAACCUUCAAAACCCCCAAGACAAGUAGCACGAGUCCCGGGAAAUCCGGACAUCGACGCAGCCCAACAUGUCGAACACCACGGCGGGCGGCAACGAGACCAUCCCCUGGGGGUGGAUCUGCAGCCAGCAACCCAACCUGGCGGAAUGCGCAGAUGUCCAAAGCUACUACCCAUAUCGCAUAUCCCUCUCCGCCAACGCAGCUUUCCUCGCCCUGUUCGCCGUCCUCCUGAUCGCCUACCUGGCCACCUAUGCCGUCACGCGCCGGGGCCUCGGCUUCACCGUGGCCAUGGCCCUCGGCCUCAUCUGCGAGGUCCUGGGCUACGCCGGCCGCGUCAUGAGCUGGAAGAACCAGUGGCUCGAGGACGGUUUCCUCAUGCAGAUCUGCUGCCUGACCAUCGGCCCGGCCUUCAUGGCCGCCGGCGUGUACCUAUGUCUCCGGCGGAUCGUGUAUGCCUUCGGCCCGGAGAACUCCCGGAUCCGACCCGAGUACUACACCCGAAUUUUCAUCCCCUGCGACGUCGUCUCCCUCGUCCUCCAGGCCGCCGGCGGCGGCAUGGCGUCGGUGGCGUCGCACAACGGCGAGAGCGUCGACACGGGCGACAACAUCAUGAUCGCGGGCCUGUCGUUCCAGGUGGUGACGCUGCUGGCCUUCCUCGCGUGCAGCGCCGACUUCGCGCUCAACGUGGCGCGCCGGCACCGCCGCCUCGGCGCCGCCGCCCUCGACCAGGGCGAGGCCGCCAGCCGCGUGCGCAACUCGGCGCCCUUCCGCGGGUUCGUCGCCGCCCUGGCCCUGGCCGCCGUGUGCAUCUUCUGGCGGUGCGUGUUCCGCGUUGCAGAGCUGAGUAAAGGGUGGACGGGCCCCAUCAUGAAGAGGCAGGACCUGUUUAUCGGGUUCGAGGGCGUCAUGAUCGUUGUUGCGAGCCUUGCCCUCGUGGUCUUCCACCCUAGCGUGUGCUUUAAGGAGAUGAUGGAGGGGAAGGGGGGUAUUGGGAGGAAGAGGAAGGAGAAGGGUGGUGACGACGUGUUGGUCGAGGAUGGGACGACGCAUAAGGGCGAGCCUUCUUUUGAGACCGAUGGUAAUACGACAACCCCCCAGUAAGACGAGGGGGCUAGGGUGGAUGGAAUCGGGGGAUGCCAUCUAGUUAGAUGGAGCUUCGAGUGUUGACGGGUUGGGGCAUCCCUUCAUUGGAGAAGCAGUAGU